AUGGUGCCCGCACUGUGCAACAAGCUCUUUCAGCGGGCUCGGACGAUGGCUGGCGUACUAAGCGCGCCCGUGGUCAUGUCCCAGACGUCUGCUUCCAUCAUCACCGAGGAAGAGGAUGCCAGCGUCGUUGCCAAGCUGGGUCGGGCCCUGUACGCCAACAGCAAGGAGGGUCUGGCGCCCGACGUGGUGGUCAAGCAAACCGCCGCUCGCCGUAAGCUCGAGGCCAAGCGCCAGCGUGAGCUCGCAGCCAUGCGUAAUUGGCGUGAUGAUGCCGACGAAGAGAGUGCCCGCAAGGCCCUGGAAGUCUACCUCAAGGCCAUUUCUACCCAGCCUCGCUUCACGGGUGACAUUGUCAUCAACGAUGUCAACGUUAAGAAACCUUCCACGACCAUCAACCUCCUCGAGGGUGGCCAGCUGCGCCUGAUUCAGGGCCGCCGCUACGGUUUGAUUGGUCGGAACGGUAUCGGCAAGUCCACUCUUCUUCGUGCCAUUGCCAGCUAUGAGCUAUCCGCCUUUCCCAAAACGCUCAAGGUUGUCCACGUCGCCCAGCACGUCAAGUCGAGCGACGAGCCGGUCAUAAAGUACGUCAUCCAAGCUGAUCUCGAGCUCCAGUCUCUCCAACAAGAGGAGCAGGAGCUUCGGGCCAAGCUUGAACAAGCCGAGAGCUCGGGUGAGGACGGGCAGGUACUUCAAAACCGCAUCCAGCAAAUCUAUGACCGGCUGAAUGAAAUGGAGUCCUUCUCAGCCGAAGGCCGUGCUGCCGAAAUUCUCAAGGGUCUGCAAUUUACCGCCGACAUGAUGCAACAGCCCGUCUCUUCGCUCAGUGGUGGCUGGCGCCAACGUGCCGGGCUAGCUGCGGCACUUUUUGUGGCCCCGGAUCUGUUGGCACUGGACGAACCGACCAACCACUUGGAUUUCACAUCGGUGCUCUGGCUCCAGGAUUACUUGAAAAAGUACCCAAAGACCAUCAUCAUCGUGUCGCACGAUCGCAUGUUCCUUAACGAGGUCGUGACCGAUGUGGUCCUCUUUGCCAACAAGAAACUGAGCUACUACAAGGGUGAUUACGACUCUUUCGUCAAGGUUCGCCAAGAACAAUACCUGGCCGCCAAGCGCGCGUACGAGGCCCAGCAGAUGCAGCGUCAGCACAUGCAAGAGUACAUCGACAAGUUUUAUAAUGACAAGCGCUCCAGUGCCCAGGCUGCGCGUGUCAAGCAAGCCAUGUCCAAGAAGAAGGCUCUCGAGAAGAUGGAAGAGUUGCAGGAUCCGGAUGCGGACGUGGACGAGGACUCGCUCAAGCUUCGCUUCCCAGAACCCAGCCUUGUCAAAAAGAACCAACUCAUUCAAGCCCAGGAGAUUAGCUUUGGACUUGCAUUUAACGACGACGGCAAAUUGCCUCCUUGCAGCUAUGAUGAGAACCGCCUCAUUGUGCAAGAUGUAUCUUGCGCCAUCGAGAAGGACAGCCGCAUUGCCAUUCUUGGUGUCAACGGCGCAGGCAAAUCCACGCUCCUGGGCCUUUUGUUGGAAGAGCUGGACCCAAGCAAGGGUACUGUCAGCGUUCUGGGUGGCAUGCGUGUGGCCCUCUUUGCACAGCAUCACGUGCAGCAGCUGCGUCUGGAAAUCUCGCCCAUUGAGCAUCUCCGCGAGGAGUUUCCGGGCAUGUCGGUUCAAGAAUGUCGCAAUUACCUUGGCUCUUUCGGUAUUCGUGGCGAGACUGCAACCACUCAGAUUGGCUUUCUAUCGGGUGGUCAGCGCUCUCGUGUUUCCUUGGCCACGCUCACUCAGCGCCAGCCCCAUCUGAUCGUUCUUGACGAGCCUACCAACCAUCUGGACAUGGAGACCAUUGAUGUGCUCAUCGAGGCCAUUGCCGUCUUCCCGGGUGCCGUGGUGGUCGUGAGCCACGACCAGUACUUUUUGACCCGAGUGGGCCGUGAAUUCUGGAGUCUCUCCAAGGGCCACCUGAAUGUUUUCCAAGAGUUGUCCGAUGCCAAAAAGGCUUGCUACAAGCUUUGAGCAUCUCCAUCGAAAUUGAUUAGACUGCCUC